UAGGGUAAAAAUAAUUAAAAUAGAAAAACUCAAAGAGCUGAAAUGUUACAAUCUACAUAUAACUUUAACUUUUUUUCUAAAGUACAACACUUCACAAAUUGACUACAAAAUUAACGAACAAAAAAAAAAAAAUCAAACUAGUAAAGUCUAAAUGAACAAAUGUCAGAGCAGAUGAACAUUGAACGCAAAUCAAAGCCGACAAACUCCACAGUUGACUGGCGACUGCUCUCUGCCUCUCACAGAUUUACUUUGCCCAAAGAAUUGGCCGUUUGAACCCAUCGCCUAAUUCCCAGUCCAGCCAUUCUCAAUCGCGCCUAGUCACCUUGGAAAAAAAAAAAAAAAAAAAGAUGGCAGCAUCCACCGCGGAGCUCCAUGACGACUCUGCUCACUACAACCGACUCCCCGAACUGAAAUCCUUCGACGAAACCAAAGCCGGCGUCAAAGGUCUAGUCGACGCCGGAAUCGCCCACCUCCCUCGCAUCUUCCACAUCCCACCUCACCUCCUCGACACCAGACCAUCGGCUCCAAAAAACUUCACCUUCCCAAUCAUCGACCUCCAAGGCGUAACAGCCAAUCAAGUUCAAGACCCAGAAACCCGAAACCAGAUCGUCGACCAAAUCAGUGACGCAUCUUCGAAUUGGGGGUUCUUCCAAGUGCUCAACCACGGGAUUCCCCAAACUGUAUUGGACGAGAUGAACGCUGGAGUUCGCAGGUUUCACGAGCUGGAUGUGGAGGAGAAGAAGCAAUUCUUCGAGCGCGAGGACCAAACCAAGAAGGUCGUUUACAACAGCAACUUCGAUCUCUACACGUCUCCGUUUGCUAACUGGAGGGACACCAUCUUCUACAAUAUGGCACCAGAUCCUCCCCAGCCCCAAAAGCUGCCCGCUUGCUGCAGGGAGAUCCUGAUUGAUUACUCUAGGGAAGUGCUGAAAUUGGGGGAUCUGAUUCUGGAAUUGCUGUCUGAGGCGCUGGGCUUGAGUCGAAAUCAUUUGAAAGAAAUGGAUUGUUCGAAUGGGUUGUAUGUACUGUGCCAUUACUACCCGGCUUGUCCGCAACCUGAAUUGACCCUGGGUGCGAGCAAGCAUCAAGACAAUGACUUCAUCACUGUGCUUCUGCAAGAUGAGAUUGGAGGGCUUCAAGUUCUUCAUCAAGAUUGUUGGGUCGAUGUGCCUCCUCUGCCAGGGAGCCUAGUGGUUAACAUUGGUGACUUGCUCCAGCUGAUAUCGAAUGACAAGUUUGUAAGCAUGGAGCAUCGUGUGGUAUCGAAGAAGGUCGGGCCUAGAGUAUCUGUGGCCAGCUUUUUCACUCAUGGUUUCUCGCCGAACCCUCGAAUGUAUGAACCCAUGAAAGAGUUGCUAUCAGAAGAUAAUCCUCCGAGAUACAGGGAAGUAUCGGCUGAAGAGUACACUGCUCAUGUUUUCAAAAAUGGCAACGAAACCUCUGCUUUGCUUAAUUUUAGGCUCUGAGAAUUGGGCCAAUGAGCAAAAACUUAUCGAGGAACUGAUUGAUUAGUAACGAGCUUUACUUGAGAUAGCAAGCCAAGAACCACAGUGGUGGGUUGCUUUGGUAGUAUACUGCUGUUGGCGUGGUAGUCAGAUUGCGUUUUAGCUAUGGAAAUAGGGUGUGUUAACAUAAAGUACAAAUAUUAGUUGGUAAUCAGAUGAUUGGCAUUGUAAAGUGCGGAAUUUCCGAAUAUUGAGUUUGUCCAUAAUAAUAAAGAAACUCUCUCUAGAGAUGUUGUUCUCUAAUCUAAA